UUGACCGCUAAUCCAGGAUGUGAAUGUUUCGUUCAGUCCGUGCAACUGGCAAAGAUGUUUACAAUAAAUAUAUCCCGCAUUUUUAUUCUUAGUCGCAGUGACCAUGAAGAAAACAACUAGAUGAAAGCCGCAGACGUUUAUCUCUCGCCUUUUUCCUGCACUUUGCAUGAGCAGAGGGGAUUGAAUGGUCACUGAUUGCUGUCCUCGCUUGGGAUUGCAGCUUGGCCUGUCAGUGUGCUGCUGUUAGUCAUGUUUAUUUCAUAAAGAUGGCAACGAGGGGCACGUUAUAAACUAAAUGACUGUCAGAAACAUCGCCUCCAUCUGUAAUAUGGGCACCAAUGCCUCUGCUCUGGAGAAAGACAUUGGUCCAGAGCAGUUCCCAAUUAAUGAACACUACUUUGGAUUGGUCAAUUUUGGGAACACGUGCUACUGUAACUCAGUGUUGCAGGCUCUGUAUUUCUGCCGGCCUUUCAGGGAGAAUGUGUUGGCGUAUAAAGUCCAGCAGAAGAAGAAGGAGAACCUUCUUACCUGUCUGGCCGACCUCUUCCACAGCAUCGCCACGCAGAAGAAGAAGGUGGGCGUGAUCCCUCCCAAGAAGUUCAUCUCACGUCUGCGGAAGGAGAAUGACCUGUUUGAUAACUACAUGCAGCAAGAUGCCCACGAGUUCCUGAACUACCUGCUGAACACGGUGGCUGACAUCCUGCAAGAGGAGAAGAAACAGGAAAAACAGAACGGACGACUGAAGAACAACGGUACUACCAUUGCCACGGACUCCGAGCCCGAACAGAACAAGGCCGAGCCCACCUGGGUUCACGAUAUCUUCCAGGGCACGCUGACCAAUGAGACGCGCUGUCUCAACUGUGAAACGGUCAGUAGCAAGGAUGAAGACUUUUUGGAUUUGUCCGUGGAUGUUGAGCAGAACACUUCAAUAACACACUGUCUCAGGGACUUCAGUAAUACAGAGACCCUGUGCAGUGAGUAUAAAUACUACUGUGAGACGUGCUGUAGCAAACAAGAGGCACAGAAACGUAUGCGUGUGAAGAAGCUGCCCAUGAUCCUGGCUCUUCAUCUGAAACGCUUUAAGUACAUGGAGCAGCUGCAUCGGUACACUAAACUGAGCUAUCGAGUGGUCUUUCCACUAGAGCUCCGGCUCUUCAACACCUCCGGAGACGCCGUCAACCUCGACCGCAUGUACGACCUCGUCGCUGUGGUGGUCCACUGUGGCAGCGGCCCAAACAGAGGGCAUUACAUCACCAUCGUAAAGAGUCAUGGCUUCUGGCUGCUGUUUGAUGAUGACAUUGUUGAGAAAAUUGAUGCACAGGCGAUAGAGGAGUUCUACGGUUUGACUUCAGACAUUUCCAAGAACUCUGAGUCAGGAUACAUCCUGUUCUAUCAGUCCAGAGAAUGAAGGAGCAGAGGGAGAACAAAUGAAGAGCAGAGGAGGAACGCCAGAAGAGAUCAAAAGGAAGGGUAUUUGUGAAGAUGACAUCCGCUAGAUUCCUUUUCCACAUCCCUCUCCUUUUCUUCAUCUCAUACUCAGGGUCUCCAGCUGAGACUGAGUGCCAAAAGCCCUCUAUAAUCCCAUUUGCCAGUAAGACAUUCCCCAUUCUCCCAAUCUCGCUGCACUCUGCGGGGGAAAAAUGCAUCUUCAAAUCUGACCCUCAAGUCAGUCACCUGCAUCUGGAAGGCACUUUAUAAAUAACAAUAAGUAACACAAAAGCAACACGACAACAAAAAAAAUCACAACAUAUUCAACUACAAUACUUGUGAAAACUUGAAGGAAUCAAAAAGCUACAAAAGGAGCAAUGAGUCCUGGUACUUUAAGAAGGGUCACUGCUUCUGUUUGUUCAGUGCCCAGGAAAGUGCCUCUCAUCCUGGGAAUCUGAAACCAGGAAGAGAGUUUUUCUCUCUCGAUCUCUUGCUCAAGGUCAGGGACCCGUUUUGGGUCACUUUAGAUGUUCCAUACUGUGAUGCCCACUCAUCUGUCCUCCUUCUCACGACUCUUACCCAGUAGCCGGUUCAGUCUGCACAUCCUGGUUCAGUCCUGGUCAUCAGAGGGGCUGUUUGCACUGUGUGACAAUUUGUUUUGGAUUUUGGCAUGUUGUGGAAUGAGAUUAUGAUUCUGAGCUGUCUGUUACGUGAGUGUGUGUGUGUGUGUGUGUGUCUGCAUUUAGUCAUGCAGGUAGCUGCUGUGAAGUGACUUUGCUUUUCAUCCAGAAAUAGUUGCAGUUUUGUUAUCCAGACAGUUUUCAAAAGUUGUUCUAUUGAAUUCUUUGCUCUGUUCGAGUAACAAAGAAAAAGGGCAGAACUGCAAGGCUGAAAUGCUGCUUUUGUCUCCCUUAUCUAACACUGUUGUUACCUAACUUCCAUUGUAGGUAAUGGCCUUACUUACUUACAGUAGUUACAAGUGUUAACAACCUUGCAGUCAACUCUUGUUGUUAGGUUCACCUAAAUCUGCCGGUCCUGACUGACUUCAUCCCGUAAAAGAAGUCUGCUUUUUAGUUAGGAGAAGUCUCACCUUUUAGUUCCUGCUUUAGUUCCUCCAGUUGGCUUGAAUCCAUAGAUGUUGUAACUUGGUCCCUGGUCAUUUUCACAAAGCAAAAUGAUGUGACAUUUCUUUUAAUCAUUACUUUGGGGUUUUAAAGGAGUAAUUCACCCAAAAAUGAAAAUUUGUCGAACAUUUACUCGCCCCAAGGCCAUCCAAGAUGUGGUUGAGUUUGUUUCUUCAUCAGAACAUGGUUGGAGAAAUUGUUUUCAUUAAACCACUUGCCCACCCAAAGAUCCUCUGUAGCGAAUGGGUGCCGUCAUAAUGAUAGUCCAUACAGCUGAUACAUACAUCACAAAAAGUUCAUAAGUAACCCACACAGCUCCAUGUCCAUAAUAUUGCUUUCUCCAAUUAAUUGAAUUUAUUUAUUACUAACAAUCAGCUUUUUGCUUCUCAAGACAUUAAUUCAUGGAAUGUAUUGGGUCAUUCUGAUGGCACCCAUUCACUGCAGAGGAUCCCUUUGGUGAGCGAGUGAAGUAAAGUUCUCAUGUACAAGCAAACUCAUCAACUUUUAGGAUGGCCUGAGUGUGAGUAAAUUGUCAGUCGAUGUUCAUGUUUGGGGAUCUGUUUUUUUUCUUUAAAAGUCUUGAACAUAAGAGAUUGGUGGUAGGAGAAACUUAAAAUGCACCAGUCUUGAGAUGAUUGCAAUGCAGUGAAGUUUAGGUUUAGGGCUUAUAGAAGUAUGUGAUAGGUUGUCGCGGUUACGAUAAGAACGUGCACACUUAUUUCAAUUUCUUUGAUGUGAAUGGCUUUUAUCUGAGAGGGCUUUUACUAUUUAAUUGACGUUGUAUAGUCAGGAGAGAGCCUGACUUCAGAUAAAUGGGAAACUUUAUACAAGACGGUACAGAAACGUACUGUUAAUCCUGAUUUUUAACAUUUAAUUUUUUACAUAAAUGGGAGAGACUGACUUGGAAAAAGUUAUCGAAGGGAAACAAGGUGCAAUACAGGGAACAUUCCAUGAUCAUUUUACACCAACAUUUUUUUUCCAGAAACACAACUGAUUGGUACUCCUGUUUAUUUAGGGUGUAGAUAUCUAUAGGCAAAUGUUUAAUUUACCAUUUUAUUUACCUUUUUUUGUCCGUCCACAGCACAACAGUUUAGUAAGUUAUUAGGGAUAAAAAACUAGAGUAGGUUUUAUGGUGUUGAUUCAUUCAUUCUAGGUUUGUUGUACCUGUAUUUUCACACUCCUCAAUCAACAUUAUAAUAUGUAAUUAUAUGUUAAAGCCACACUACAUGCAAUAUAGAUGUAUGAACACUGUGUAACAACACAAUGUGGAUUGACUAUGCAGUGUUUGUGUUUGUCCUGUUGUUUCCUGAGGCUUGAUAGAUGCUGACUGAUUAUUUGGACGCUUGUUCUUUCAAUUGAGGUUUCCCAUUGAUGCCAGCAAAGUUGGUUUUUUUGGAGCAUAUGUGGUUGUUUGAAGGUGGUUUUUUUUUGGUACCACGACCACAUUCUCUCUUCCAUGCCUGUUCUUUUGUUUCGUUAGUGAUCAAAAUGAACAGAACUGUGCCAAAAUUGUGACAGGAAACUCGCAGUCCUUCGAACUGGAAAAUAAAAUGGAUAUUUCUGUGUCAUAAAACUGUACAUAAAUAUUAUGUAGACAUACUGUUUAGGAAUAAAUUAUAUUUUUAAAACGCCAGAUGAUUCUAUCCAAAUUGACCUGUCAUUCGCAUGGAGAACACAUGGUUACAAAUGAAGACAUUAAAAGCUGACGAGUGUUUGUCAGAGAUGAUUUCAAUCAGGUCCCUUAUGGUGACCUGGAUCAAUUUAAAGUUUGUUCUGUAGAGUAGCUUAUAAACUGAAAAGUACUGUAACUGCUUAAUACUGUGGACUGAAUCCCCUCACAUACAUGAACAUCUGCUUAUGUUAAAAACCAAUUAGACUGUCAGUUAUACACCUUGUAUGUAAAAAACACACCUGUCGGUUUUGUCCUCUUUUAUGUGUAUUUUUUUAGGUCCAGAAAAGAGAUGUACAAUGCGUGUGUCUGUGUGUCUGAGAGAGAAAUACCAGGACUCAAACUCUAAUGGAAAGUGUGAUAACUGUAAGUGCACUUUAUCAUAGCAGAACCAAAAAGGUUUCUCGUAGGAACUGGAAUCCUGACUGAGAUUCUUUUGGUUUAUUUUCCUUUCCUCAAUAAAUGAAACACAACUUUA